GGUAGGUUAAUUAAUUUGACACGUCAACAGAGAUCACAGACUUCCCCACUUUCCAUCCCGUACUAAAGAACCCGAAUUCAAUAACACCUACAUUAUUUGGGAGUUUUUCUGCAGAAUCUGCUGUAUAGGAAUAGGUAGUCGAGGUCUACCUUGGCAGUCAUGGCUCUUCUGACGAAUGUAUCGGCUGCCUUAUGCCUCUUUAUCAUUGUCUACUACGUCGUUUCCACGUCUGUCGUAAUUAAGAAACGCUUUAAACUGAAGGCCAUCGACAAGCCACCUAAGGACCUAUCAGCAGAACCAGACGCUCCUGUUUCCGUGAACUACUUCCCAUCUCGGAAAUGCAACUAUACAUGCGGCUUCUGUUUCCACACUGACACCUCUUCUUACGUCCUUCCUAUCGAUGAGGCGAAACGUGGUCUACGGCUGUUAAAAGAGGCCGGCAUGCGCAAGCUCAACAUUGCGGGCGGAGAACCCUUUCUUUACCCUCGUCUCCUCACCGAACUACUCUGCUAUUGCAAGGAAGAGCUAAACGUCGAGAGCAUUAGCAUCGUGAGCAACGGCAGCAAGAUCAGGGAAAAUUGGUUGCGAGAAAAUUGUCAGUGGUUAGAUAUUCUAGCCGUGUCGUGCGACUCGUUUAAUCCGGAGACGAAUAAAAAGAUUGGGCGUGGUGACGAUGGAGGAAAUGCGGUUCGGCUGUUUCGUAUUGCGGAGUGGUGCAGAAAAUAUGGAAUCAAAUUCAAGUUAAAUACCGUCGUUAACAUACACAACUGGGACGAAGACAUGGUAGCCAAUAUCGAACAACUGGCACCAUUCCGAUGGAAAGUAUUCCAGUGUCUCAUCGUAGCUGGAGAGAACGAUGACGAGACAAGAAAGCGAGACGCGAGGGGCUUCUUGGUGACUGAUGAGCAAUGGCAAACGUUCUGCAACCGGCAUAAGCAUAUUCCAUGCUAUGUUCCGGAGGAUAAUAACUCUAUGGCGAGCAGCUACCUGCUUCUAGAUGAGUACAUGUGCUUCCUAGACAAGGGCGAGGGUAUGAUAACGAAGAGCGAGUCGAUUCUGCAAGUCGGCGUUAAGGAAGCCAUGAAACAAAUUGUUUGGGAUAAGAAAUCUUUUGUUGAACGAGGUGGUAUUUACGAUUGGGACAGAUCUGAUAUGUUGCAGAGUGCUUGUGAAGGUGGUGGUAACAAGAAAGAUCUGGAAUGGUGAUCAGGCAUAUCAUCACAAGGCCUUCGCAUAAUGAUCGGUUAACCUGAGAAAUAACCCCCGUCGCGGUUGUUUCUAAUUUUGGUAAAAAGCAGGUUUACCCGGGGUAUCGAAACACGAGCCUUCUAAGCUACGCCUGUAGCUUCAUACCAUGGUGGGAUGUAGGCAUAUUUGUUGGCAGGGGGUAGAGACGAGAUAAUUUGAAAGAUGAUUUCGAUGGGCAAGUGUAUCGGUAUUUUCUCAAUCUCGUCCAUCUUGAGUUUCUAAUAAUGUGGGACUGAUCAGGGAAAUCUGUUUUUUAAUAUUGGUAUACUUGUCAAGUCAGCAAAUACAGCAGUUCCUCUUGUGUUUUCUUAGAGGUAGCAUCUUUGGCGAUGCUUCGGGAAAUGUUAUUAUUAGCUAAUAAGCGCCUCCCUUAUAAAAAUAUACUAGAGCAGUUGCAUUUAAAUAUGUUCCUGUGCGAUUCCUUCAUAAUAUGAAUCCACUAAUAGGGAGGUUCGCUUUGGAGUAGAUACAUAAAACUCAACCAAUAGAUCACCUCCAUCCCUCUAAAAGGGAUACAGAUAUAUACUAGGUACGGAACAUAGCUGACAAAAUAAUUCGAAUAAUUGGUUC